AUGUGUCGUGUAUUUGACCGUAUGUUUUGGGCUUUUAAGCAAUCGAUUGAGGGAUUUAAACAUUGUCGACCUGUUAUCUCAAUCGAUGGGACAUUCUUAUAUGGAAAAUACACGGGGUGUAUACUGUGUGCAACCGCACUCGAUGGAAAUAAUCAACUAUUUCCAUUAGCUUUUGCCAUUGUUGAUAAGGAGGACGGUGAUAAUUGGUCAUGGUUUAUGGAUUGCUUAAGGAUCUUUGUGACCAACCGAGAAGAUUUGUGUGUAAUUUCAGAUCGGCAUGCUGGAAUUCUGAAGGCGAUACAGAAAGAUUGGUGGCAACCUCCAACAGGUCAUUAUCGUUACUGCAUCAGACAUGUUUUGAGUAAUUAUAAUAAGACAUUAAAAAAUGCAGCAAUAAAGGAAGCGUUGCGCAAGGCAGCAAAUGAAAACAACAAAAUAAAGUUUUUCGAGGCAAUGAACAAUAUUCGGGAGGUGCACCCAGAAUCAUAUGAUUGGGCAAUGAAGAUAAAUUUAGAGAAAUGGACGAGAUCACACGAUGGUGGACCGAGGUAUGGUGUGAUGACAACAAACAUGGCAGAAUCACUAAAUGGCAUGAUGAAAGGAUUUCGAGCGUUGCCAAUUACGGCAAUGGUUGAAAAAAUAUUUUUUCAGUGUGUCCAUUACUUUGAUACGCGGAGGACAACAUUUUUGGAUCAACAAAGUAGAGGCUAUGUUUUUAGUCAGUAUUGUAUUGACACACUGCAUGAUAACACAAUCAAAGCAAAUGCACAUAAAGUGAGACUGUUCAAUAGUCAAACAAUGGAGUUAAGGAUACCAUGUUCCCAUGCUAUUGCUACAUGCAUGUCACAUUCAAUUGACUACGAACAAUUUGUAUCUGACUAUUAUAAAUUGGAUCGUACUAUCCAACGUUACGCGUACACGUUUCAUCCUCUUGGAUAUCCUGACUAUUGGCUUGCAGCAGAUGGACUUCCUCUCGUGCCUGACAUUUCUAGAAUAAGAAAGAAGAGACUGCCAAGGUCUUCUAGAAUACGUAAUGAGAUGGACUAG